AUGCUCAGUAACCUUUUUGGUUCAAGCCUCGAUGGCAUUGGAAAGUUGUGCUCCUCUUCAUCAACGACGGUGGAAGAAAUUAUUGCACGCGAGGAUUUAUCAUCGUACAUUCAGUCACAGCGCAAGAAUGGGAAGGGCAUGGUGCCUCUUUUAGAGUUCAUAGAGCACUCCAUCCCCGAACUUGUCAAAGCGGCACUACAACCUGUUUGCGAAGAGGAGUGUGUUGGUUCAGUGGGAAAGGAGGGUGAUGCAGACGGCCAUGGCCCGAAGAAGAAAACCCCAGGAAAGAAGCAGGUAUUGUUUAACGAGAAUGCCACUGAAUUGAUUACGUUUUAUUUAGAUGUUUCCCAAGAGUCGGAGGUGUUUAUCAGACGCAUUGUGGCUGCUGCACUUCUCGUCCUUGGAAUUGCUGCGCCGCUGACCCCACUGGUUGCUCAGUGUUUUCGGCGCAUUAUUUUGGGUGCCUUUGAUGUUAGUUCUGUCACAACGACGGAGGCCAUUGCUGCCGUAUUAGACGAGGAAAUGGUUCUGGCGAUUAUCCGUCACAUGUCGACAAGUUUUAUCAUAUCCGAUACAUUAGCAUUCUUGUUUGAACCGAAUCUUCCAACGACAGAGAUCGCUUCUUUUCAACCACGGCCAUUGAUAUUUACGGAGGCCUGCAUUCGACUCCGUUUUGCACAACACCUGGCUUCUCAUAUGGCGGCUGCGCUGCGCACUGUAAGUUGCCAGCCUUACUUUAACGUGUGGAAAGAACUGAUCAAUCACGGAUGCAGCCAGGCCGCAGGGCCCAUAGUGGAUGAACUUUUAAAAUACGACUUGCUAUCUGUGUACUUCAUGGACAUUCUACUGGGCUGUGAAGAGGCCAGAAAAAAUCCGAGUGCCGUUCCACUAGCUGCUCAGGGCGUCGAGUUGUAUCACGACAUCAUAGCUCUUGUGCGGACUUCUUUAAUCCCACCUGACGUAAGGGAAAUGUA